AUGGACCUCAACUACUCUGAUGACCUGAUCAGGAUUCCGAACCUGUCUAGUAUUGCCCCAAAUCUCGAGUUUUUAUAUUUGAGAGGAUGUUCGAGUUUGGUUGAAAUUCCCUCUCUUCAAAAUCUGAGCAAGCUUACUGAACUUUAUUUAACUGGAUCCAAUAAAAUCAAAGAUUGUCCAGAGAUUCCGUGUAAUGUAAGGAUUCUAAAAUUAGACGGAACUGGAAUAGAACAACUGCCCUCAUCAAUUAAGCAUCUGUCUCAACUUGUCAUAUUGUACUUGGAUAAGUGUACAGCACUCGAGAGUCUUCCAAGCAGCAUUGGCAAUUUGAAACGUCUUGAAGAACUUGAUCUAACUGAAUGUUCAAGACUCGUGACUAUUCCAAGCAGCAUAGGCGAGUUGAAAUGUCUUGAAAAGUUAUUUCUCCGGAAUUGCUCAAAUUUAGCAAGUCUUCCUGAAAGCAUCAAACAACUUUCGAAGUUGAAACUGCUUGAUUUAAGAGAUUGCGAGAGUCUUAAGAGUUUACCAGAGCUUCCGUCAUGCUUAAAAUUAUUAAAAGCAAUUGAUUGCCACUCUCUGGAAUCUGCAUCAAUUUCUUUCAAUUUCUUAGAACAUGAAGAUGAAAAUGAAGAAGCAGAUAAAAGUGAACAUGAAAAUGAAGCACAUAAAAGUGAAUCUGAAGAUUGCAAAUUACUUGAUUUUAGUAAUUGCGUCAAAUUGAAUAAGAAAGUAAUGGAGGAUGUUUUUGAAGCGCACCUGUUGGGUCAGAAAGUUACAUUAUUGAUGGCAGGAGGUGAAGUGCCAGAAAGGAUGAGGUAUAAGAAUAAAGGAUCCUCGCUUUCCUUCAAACUUGACCUUCGUCACGUAAUUGCCUUCUCUUUCUGCGUUGUUCUUAGUCCCUAUGGUGAUGUUAACAUGAACUUAAAAAUAUUUCUGCUCCAUUCCCAACAUGACAAGGUCAGGUAUAACAAAUAUUCAUUGUAA